AUGAUUCCGAUUGCUCGUCACUCUGCUCUGCGAGCUGCCCGCUCGCAGCUUAACCCAACCCGGGCUCUGCGCCAGCCCGCUUCCUCGGCGCUCGCCCGCCUGCUCUCGACCCUCGCCGUUCUCGAGCAGCGCGAGGGCAAGCUGCAGAACUCCUCUCUCUCCGCAAUUGCCGCCGCACAGAAGCUUGGAGGCCCCGUCACAGCUUUCCUGGCCGGCAGCGGUGUCAAGGGAACUUCUGCCGCCGAGGCCGCAAAGAUCCAAGGCCUUGACAAGGUUAUCGCCGUGGAAAGCGAUGCAUACGAGAAGGGCCUCCCCGAAAACUAUGCCCCUCUUCUGGUCGAGAACAUCAAGAAGGGCGAAUACACCCACAUCGUCGCCGGCCACUCUGCCUUCGGCAAGAGCAUUGAAAGCGAGGACAUCAACUCGCUAACCCGCACAACCACAGCCUUCGUCCGCCCCAUCUACGCCGGUAACGCCAUCCUCACCGUCCAAUCAACCGACAACGUCAAAGUGAUCACCGUACGAGGCACCGCCUUCCAGGGCGUCGAGACUGAGGGCGGAUCCGCCGAGGUUGUCGACGGCGUUGACUCGAACGCCGCCGCCCAGACCGAAUGGGUGUCCGAGGAGCUGGCCAAGUCCGAGCGUCCCGAUCUGGCCACCGCCUCGCGCGUCGUCUCCGGCGGCCGUGGCCUGAAAUCGAAGGAGGAAUUCGACCGUAUUAUGCUCCCGCUUGCUGACUCGCUUGGUGCCGCUAUCGGUGCUUCCCGUGCCGCGGUCGACAGUGGCUUCGCCGAUAACAGUCUGCAGGUUGGCCAGACUGGUAAGAAUGUCGCUCCUCAGCUGUACCUGUGCGCUGGUAUCUCCGGUGCUAUUCAGCACUUGGCUGGUAUGAAGGACAGCAAGGUUAUUGCUGCUAUUAACAAGGACCCCGAGGCUCCUAUCUUCCAGAUUGCUGAUGUUGGUCUGGUGGGUGAUCUGUUUGAGAAGGUUCCUGAGCUUACGGAGAAGGUGAAGAGUGCUUAG